GCAGCUCUUGAUUUUCGUGGCGUGUUUGUGGGUCACUGGUGAGUUUUAAUUCAAAACUUCCAGUCCAGGAUUGUGCCAAGAUUACGUGCAAGUGUAGGUUUUAGUACACAGCAUGGAGAAAGCCAAUACAUUCCUAUGCACGUGCAGUUACGGUCCGAGCUUUUCCGUCUCGCGCUGUUCCCUCCAGUCUACUACAGAGAUUGUAAAGACAGCACGCGAGGACCCCAGUCUCCUCCUCGUUUCCAGUCGGAGCCAGAGGUCUUAAUGGUUAAGUAGUUUUGCGCCGUUCCAGUUUGUCACCCAGAAAACUGAACACAUGCGUUGGGAAACUCGCGCCGAACAUCGGAACCAGACGAACCGGAUUGCAGGAUCCGAACACCCACACAAAGCGUCCGGGGGAGUCCGGAGCGGGCCGGAGGUGGAGGAUGGAGGAGACGCCUCCAGUCAAGCCGUCUGUGGCUGAGCCGUCUGGAAAGUUCAAAGCUCAUGCACCGUCGUUAUCCAGUUCUAUCCAGAGGUAUCCAGAGACUAACCCCAUCAGAAGAAACCCUCUGUUCUCUCUGCAGUUACCCAAACCCACAGACAGGAAGAGCAGAGAGGAGAAACCAGCUACUGCAUCUCCACAUCCCGCAAAAGCCAAACUGAAGAAUUCCUUCCUCAUCGAGAAACUGCAGGCAAGCCUAACUCUGACACCCACGCCACGGCUGACCCUACCCAAAAGCCCAGAGACAAAGCUGCAGGCCACACCCCUCGGCAUCAGCAGCCCCUGCAGCUCACUAGGCUCCGCCCUGCGGCCCCCUCAGGCCAAUGAGGACGAGGUGUCCGUCAGCUUUGAGCAGCCAGCUGAGGAUAUGACCCACCUGCCCAGCAUCAACAAGAACCGGGUCCGGCUGUCCUUUAAACGGCGUCUGCCAACUCGGCAGCACAGGAAAUCAGCGGGGGAGGAGCCUGGAGAAGGAAGCCCCUCCCCUUCCCAUCCACACCGCUCUGAUCAGAAUGAGGAUAAAGGGGAGGUGUUCAGUGGCCCUCCGGCGGAUCCCUGUCAUCCCGAUCCUGACUGCGCAGUCCAGACGCAGGACGUGAGUGGAGACGCCAGGGGCGCUGGGGUCACCCGCGAGGGGCAGGAUGCAGGAACAGCGAUGCGGGGGCACCCAGAUACACCCUCUACGUCUGAUACCAUGGAGGUCCAGCAAGAGGAAAGACUGUCUGAAGAUCAGAGUCCUGACCAGUCAGAGGGGGUAGAAAAUGCAGGUGAACUGGGAGGCGAACUUCCAGCCAGUAAAGAGAACAGAGAACUAAAGGAGGGACUUUCUGAAGACAGAGAUGAAGUCCCAGGUGCAGAAGAGAAGGCAACGCUGGCUGAAUAAAGACUCCCACUGUUUAUUCCCGUAUCAGACCUGGAGUUCUUAGCUGGCAAUCCUGUUGUGAACAGGGUUAGAUCACCAAAAGCAGUGAUGUGACUAAGGCUUCCUGGUGAAUAACCCUGUAUCUAAUACCACAGUUAUUCACACGCCUUGAAUGACUUACUAUAAAAUAAUUGGCCUCAGAAUGUUGAUUCCCCCCAUAUGAUUAGAAAAUGAGAUAUAAACUAAACAUGGAAAGAAGACUUGACCUGGCUUAACUUUGAUUAUUAGUAGUCCCUCACUAGUACAUGGUAGGAUAAAACCAACCCUCGCUGAUCACACUGUCUCACUUUCUCUGAGCCUCAGUCUCACCAGGGCCUACUACCAGACUUUUAAAACUGUUUUUAAUGUCUCUCUUGCAUACAAAUAUAGUUUUCUUACUGAUACGUUAAUGAAAAGAGGGUUUCUUGGAAGCUGAAGGCCACAGCAGCAGUUAAUGGACCAUAUUUGUUAUAUGAAAUAUGUACUGUGAUAGAAAAAAAAGAUAUAUAUUACCUCUGUUGCUGCUGCAAUAAUCUUGAUCAUUUGCUCUACGUGAGAGAAUAAAAAGCUCAAUAUAUUUUAAA